AUGUUUGGUAGCACCUUGGGCAAUACCAAGAUCUCGCACCGUAAGGCUGUGGGAGAGGAUCUCGCUCGCGUGCUUCCCGACGAUGGCAUUCCCUGGUGGAAGAAGCGUCACCUGCUGUUCCUCAAUUACUGCGCGAUCUCCAUGGCCAUGCUGUCCGCGGCUAACAGAUACGACGGAACCCUUAUGAACGGUCUCAUGUCGCUUCCGCAGUGGAAUGAGUUUAUGGACCAUCCGACUGGUGCAUGGCUCGGCUUCAUCAACGCUAUUCAGAGCCUAUCACAGGCCACUGCCCUGCCGAUUCUAGCCUACGUCGCCAAUCGCUUUGGCCGCAAGCUGGGCCUCUAUGUUGGCUAUUUUUUUGUUCUAUUGGGGGCGCUACUUCAAGCCUUCACUCCGAAUAUCGCAGGUUUUGCCACAGGUCGAUUCUUCCUUGGGCAGACCAGUGCGUGGUGGGGUGGCAUGGCGCCUCUGCUUAUUACUGAGCUGGCCUAUCCUACUCACCAAGGCUUUCUCACGGCUCUUUACAACUGCGGUUGGUACGUGGGUUCUUCCAUUGCAGCCUGGUCCAUUUACGGUACGCGAAACUACGGUAGCGAUUGGGCCUGGAGAAUUCCGUCUCUCUUGCAGCUUGCCAUUCCGGCUGUCGUUCUCCCCGCGGUUCUCCUGGUUCCUGAGUCGCCUCGUUACCUGGUCUCCAAGGGGAAACUCGAAGAAGCCCGCCGUACACUCGUUCGUCUUCAUGGCGGUGGUGAUGAAGCUUCUCUUCUGGUCGAAUUCGAAGUUUCUGAGAUCCACCAUGCUAUCGAGUCUGACUCCUACGCGGCGAAGAGUACCACUUGGCUCGGCCUGUUUGAAUCCAAAGGCAAUCGCCACAGGUCCUUCAUUUCUAUGACUCUUGGUGCCUUUGCUCAAUGGAACGGCGUGGGAGUUGUGUCUUACUGCUUGUCUGCGGUUCUGAACACUGUUGGUAUCAGGUCCAUCACUGAACAAACUCUUAUCAAUGGAUGCCUUCAGAUUUGGAACCUGAUUCUGGCCGUCGGUGCCGCAGGGUCUGUCGAUCGUCUUGGUCGAAGACCACUCUUCGUGGCUAGUUCUGUUGGGAUAUUUGAAACCGCUGGCAACACGGCGGCGGGAAUUGCUGUCGUUCCACUCCUCUUCAUAUACUACGGAUUCUAUGACAUUGCCUUCACUCCACUCCUCUUUGCCUACCCUGCCGAGAUCUGGCCAUACCGUCUUCAAUCACGAGGUAUGGCCCUCACACAGUUUUCCUCCACAUUGGCCGCAUUCUUCAACAUAUUUGUCAACCCGAUUGCCCUAGACGCUAUCGGUUGGAAGUAUUACAUUGUCUUCGCUGUCAUCCUAGCCGUCAUCGUGGUCACCACAUAUCUCUUCUACCCAGAGACCAAGGGUCAUACUCUGGAGGAAAUGGCUGUAAUUUUCGAUGGAGAGGAUGCCCUGGCCCACAUCCACGGUUAUGAAAAUGCUUCGGAGAAGAAGUCGGUGCAUCACGAGGAGACGGUAGAUAAGGUUUGA